AUGGACGAAGGAACGAAGUCGACGGUGCAAAAGAUUCCGCUUCUUUCGGUCAAGGCGGGACCUACGGAGGCGGAUCAAUGGAUUAAGCGAUUGAAGGAGGAAUACACGGCGCUCAUCAAGUACGUGCAGAUCAACAAAGAGGCCGACAACGACUGGUUCACUCUCGAGGCGGCCAACAAGAUGGGCACUCGAUGGAAGGGCAAGUGCUGGUACAUUCACAACUACUUGAAGUACUCGUUCGAUCUUCAAUUCGAGAUUCCCGUCGGCUACCCGCAGACCCCCAUCGAGCUCCAGCUGCCCGAACUCGAGGGCAAGACGCCCAAGAUGUACCGAGGCGGCAAGAUCUGCCUCACCAUCCACUUCAAGCCGCUCUGGGCGCGCAACGUGCCUCAUUUCGGAAUUGCCCAUGCGCUCGCCCUCGGCCUGGGUCCUUGGCUCGCCGCCGAGAUCCCCGACCUCGCCUCCAAGGGCCUCAUCGAACCAGAGACCAAAUAG